GUGUCCAGCCAAUAGGAUUAAUACAUGUCAUCUCAUCCAUCGUCACCUUCUAUCGCGCUAAAACAAUAAAAUGCCAUGUGGCAGCAGCGGGACCAAUUGAAUAAUAAGGAUGGUCUGGAUCCGCCGUCGCAAUCGCCGUCUCAUCUUCCGCAUCAACCUCCGGAUCCACCUCCAGCAAAGCCUCUGCUCCUCCCGAGUCUCCCAUUGAAGACCGCCCUAGACUUCGCCGUUUCCUGCCAUCGCGAUCUUGACUCAGCCACAGGUGGAUUCGACAUCAACAAUCUCCUAGGACGUGGAAGCCAUGGAAGCGUUUACAAAGGUGUCAUCGGUUCACGUCUCGUCGCGGUCAAGAGACCUUCGAAAUCUCGUGAAAUCAGCCGUGAGUUUCACAACGAAUUCGAGAUUCUCUCCAGAAUCCGUAGCCCUAGGUUUGUGAAUCUCUUAGGUUUUAGCGCCGAUAACUCCAAAGAACCUCUUCUCGUUGUUGAAUUCAUGGGAAACGGAAGCUUAUACGACGUGAUUCACUCAGAUUCCGUUUUAAAUUCCGGUGCGAUUUCGAGCUGGAAGAUAAUCAGCGGAAGAAAAGCAAUCGACGUUAGAUAUUCGCCGUCGUUUAUAGUAGAUUGGGCGAUUCCGAUGAUAAAAAGAGGCAAAAUCGGUGGAAUUUAUGAUCCGAGAAUCGGACCACCGAUUGAUGUAAGUGUGAGGAAUCAUUUGGGGUUAGUGGCGGCUAAGUGUGUGAGAACGUGUAGAGAGAAACGGCCGGGGAUGGAGGAAGUGGUUGGGUGGCUCACGGGGUUGACUAAGUCGGUUAGGUCACGACGGUGGGAUGAUUUAAGCAUUGGAAACCCGUGUUGGAGCGAAGAAUCUCAUUCCACCUCAAUGAUUCCUAUCCUCCACGAGCUGAUGGGUGUACAAUGGAGAUUUGGACCUGGCAGUUCCAUUUUCAUCUACAAUGGACGUGCUGAAGAAGAUGAAUCUAACGAUUGUAAAGGAAUGGCGUCCGUGGUUUACCGGAGGACAGCUGGGAGGGUUGUGAAAGGAGCAGGUCAUGAUGUGCCUAAGGACCAACCUAUACAUGCUCUUAAUCUCUUUAGUCUUUACCAGCUUUCUUCGUAACACUCCUCUACCUCAAACACCCUGAUUUGUAACUUAUUGUACCACCUCUAUAAACUGAAUAAGACACU